GCAUGUUGCUCCUUGCGGUGACCCGGCCGUUUGGUUACUGUUGGGGAUGUCUCUCGGUGUUUGUGGAAGGUUGGUGCUUCGGCCCAUCUUGAGCAGGAAUCUGCUCCGUUUUUGCCCAGUUACCCGGUCCAGCAGCUAUUCCAAGGGCCUGGUUCUUGGUGUGUAUGAAGGAGAAGAAGGGAAUGACUUGGUUCAGUUCACAAAGGCAGGGGAAACUUUUGAUAAUUCCACAUCUGGAAGACUUAAAGAACUCCUGACCAUAUCUGGACCUGUGCUUAAGAAAGGCCGAAGUCGCAUAUUUUAUGGGCUACAUCAGGAUUUCCCUCAUGUUGUAGUUGUUGGUCUUGGUGACAAAGGUAUUGGAAUAAGUAACUUGGAACAAUGUGAUGAAAGCAAAGAAAAUAUUCGAGCUGCAGUAGCAGUUGGUUGCAGGCAGCUUCAAGACCUCGAAGUUCCUCUGGUUGAAGUUGAUCCAUGUGGGGAUGCUCAGUGUGCAGCAGAAGGAGCUGUUUUGGGUUUGUUUGAGUAUAAUGAGCUGAAGAAUAAAAAGAAGACUGUGGUCACUGUGAAACCAUAUGGAAGUUUGGAAACUGAGACAUGGCAGAAGGGAGUUCUGUAUGCUGAAGGGCAGAAUUUGGCAAGACAUUUGAUGGAAGCACCAGCUAAUUAUAUAACUCCGACCAGUUUUGCAGAAACCAUUCAACAAGCGCUAUAUUCAACAGGUGGUAAAGUCAGUGUGCAUAUAAGAUCCAAAUCCUGGAUUGAGGAUCAACAGAUGGGAGCGUUCCUUAGUGUAGCUAAAGGUUCAGAUGAAGAACCAGUUUUCUUAGAGAUUCACUAUAAUGGUUCUACAGUUGCCAGUGAAUCACCGCUAGUCUUUGUGGGAAAAGGUAUAACAUUUGACAGUGGUGGAAUUUCAAUCAAACCUGCUUCAGGUAUGGAAGCAAUGAGAGCUGACAUGGGUGGAGCAGCAACAAUCUGUUCUGCAAUCAUCACUGCAGCAUCUUUACAACUUCCCAUUAACAUUAUAGGUCUGGCUCCUUUGUGUGAGAAUAUGCUGAAUGGCAGAGCAAAUAAACCUGGUGAUGUAGUCAAGGCAAAGAACGGGAAAACGAUACAGGUGGAUAACACUGAUGCUGAAGGUCGAUUGAUACUAGCUGAUGCUCUAUGCUAUGCACACAGCUUUAACCCCAAAGCAAUUGUAAAUGCUGCAACGUUAACAGGUGCUAUGGAUGUUGCCCUUGGAUCAGCAGCUACUGGGGUGUUCACCAAUUCUGACUGGUUGUGGGGACUCCUCAGACAAGCAAGUGUUGUGACUGGAGAUCGAGUGUGGAGAAUGCCACUUUUUCAACAUUACACCAGGCAGGUCAUAGAAUCGCAACUGGCAGACCUAAACAACAUUGGAAAAUACAGGUCUGGUGGUGCAUGUACAGCUGCAGCAUUUCUGCGAGAGUUUGUUACAGUCUCUCACUGGGCUCACCUUGACAUAGCUGGUGUUAUGUCAAACAAAGAUGAAGUUCCAUACCUGCGGAAGGGAAUGGCAGGAAGACCAACCAGGACAUUAGUGGAAUUUACAGCCUACCUGAGUCAAGAAAGCCAAAAUUCUUAAAUUGUCCUUUUAAAGAUGUGCCCACUUUUUCUUUUGUAUGUUUAAAUUACAUGGAUUUCAUAAUUUCAUUGCCCAUAUAAAUGCCCCUUUUGUAUCUCUGAUAAGUCUUGAUUUUGUUUUGCAUCUGGAAAAACAGUAAUUAAAUCAAAAAGGAUGCACGAUUUUAUCUUGCAAACUCUGUUGAAGAAGAAUCUCAUCAUGAUUGACACUUGAUUAUAGAGGCUUUAAAUGGUAACUUUUUUUCUCCUCCAAACCAUAACUUCCAUCAUUCAUUGUGCAACUGUUCAUUUUAUGUUAAAAUGGCACCUAUUUUGCAGCAACACAAAAUCUGCAGUGUUUCCAGUGCCUUUUGCAAAUACUGAAACUGUAAAAACCUAUGGAUUUUGAUAAUUAAUGAUCAUUGUUGACAAGUCUUUGCUGUUCACAGGAAAAGCUGACACAUAGAUCAAGCAUUCGAUAUGAUUAAACAUGAGUAUUUUUGUAAUAUUUUAAUAUUCAAAAUGAUCUUAGCCAAAACAAUAAAGAUUAAACUAGAUAUAACAAUAA